GCUGUUGGCAUGAUUGCCGGCGCGUUUGGAUCGCACGGGCUAAAAGCGAGACCGGGAAUUACCCAUGAAAAAGUGUCAGCAUGGACGACUGCUGCACACUACACGAUCUUCAACGGACUUGGCCUGCUUUUGGUUUCAAAUCACCCUCGCUUCGCUAUUCACAGGUUUGCAGGCCCUGCUAUUGCAGUCGGUGGAUUCAUCUUUUCAAGUUCAAUCAUGGCUCUCAUCCUGGCACGC